AUGACAGACCUAUUAAAGUUGAAUCUGUGCCCACCGCCCUUUUUAGACAGCCGAAACUUCACAAAUAGUGAUGGAUUCAUUCCUGGUCGACUUUGCGAAGAGGUGGCACCUGGGAUCAAAUGCUGUCUGCCAUGCCCGUUGACCGACUGGGUAUACCCAGACAGCUUCAACACCUUAACUCAGGUGGCUAACUGGGCAUCGGCGGUCAGUGUUAUAUGCCUAGUUUUCCUAUUAUUAUCAUGGGCUUGUUUGCCAGUUGAUAAGACAAAUCGCCACUACUUGAGUAUUUGCCUUAGCAUAGGCGUGCUUCUUAUGAGUCUCGGAUUCGUAGUCCCUCUAGCAGCCAAACCAGACCAAUGCUUCGACGAAAUUACGCCGCAUAGCAUGAGCAGCAGCAAGGUCUGCGGUGCUUCUGGCUCUCUUCUUAUUGUAGGAGGCUGGGCUGGAGUUAUGUGGGCAUUUCUUCGAUCACUGUCUCUCCACCUACAGAUUUGCUGGCAAGUCCUUGUUGGACGCAAUUUUAUGAUUUUUGCACAGUUUGCAGGCUGGGGCGUACCUCUUAUUGGUAUCACUUUGGCGCUCGUCUUCAGCGGUGUAUCGUUCCGCUUCGGCCCUACCUGCCACAUCAACCAUCAAAAUAGUUUGGCCGACUUAUGGAUCCCGCUUCUUAUUUUCGCCGGCAUCACUGUCGUUUGUACAUUUGUAACAUUUGGUUACUGUGUCAAAGUAUAUCUCGCAUCCUUGGCCGACUCAGCGGAGUCGACAGAAGGUUCCAACCUGCCAGCAUCCACCAACAGCAUCCGAACAAUGACACCUCGCCAAGCGUAUCGGCGGGUUCGCCGGGUUAUCGCAUUGCAGUGGAGAGGGAUUGCCAUCGUUCUUAUUAUUGCUGCCGACGUGAUCUUCUUCUCCAUUAUCUUCGUUUUCCAAGAUAACGUCGUGCAAUCGGUUAGCACAAAUCCCAAGAAGGCGCAAGCUUGGAUAAACUGCUUGAUUCAGAAUCGUGGCCAAAAGAACAUGUGCCUCGAACAAGCAGGGUCGCUAGCAGUGAACGAAGCUACUGUUGGAGCCGUGCUUUUACUCUUAGCUCUCAACGGCGUCUGGCUCCUCUUUCUACUUGGAAGAUGGUCUAUGGUUACCGGGUGGAUUGACCUACUUAAGCUACCUUUUACAAAGGGUAAUAAGAAGGAAUUUGUUUCUGUGGAUGCUCGAGCCGAAUCAAAGCCUCCAAUGACCUCGUAUGAGAUGCUGUCGAGGACGCCAAACUCACUGCCAAUAGCCACAAGAAGGCAGGAUCGGCAUCCAACCCCCGACUAUUUCAAGCAUGACGCUCGCGGCUACACCAAUCCUGGAUCAUACUCUAGUCCUCGUCCACCACCAAGAACAUGGGAGGCACCAAGGCAAUGGGACAAUAAUCCCCAACAGUGGGUAAACCAACAACAGUGGCAUACUCAGCAACAGCGAUCAGCAAGCCCGACCACUACCUACUCAACAAUGAGCCACGCCACGGAGUUUACUGCGAGGCCAACAAACAGCACUGACGAACUUAACCCUCUAGGCAUGAACAGGAUUUAG